AUGAUAGAGGAGUUACGUACGGAAAUUGUCGCUAUGCGCAAUGAAUUUGUAAACUUUGGAACAAAGUUCGACAGGCUUUACCUUGCCGUCAGCGACUUAAGUAAGCGAGUUGAUGGAAUAGAGAAUCGGGUGGCUAAUCUCGAAAAAGACGAAUGCAUGGAAAAAUAUAAGGAUGAGAACAAAAAGCUAAGCGACACAUUGGAGCGUCUUAAGUUCGAGUUGAACGAUCGUGAUCAGGAACAGCUCCUUACUGAUGUAGAAAUAAGUUGUAUACCUGAGCAUAAGGGUGAGAACGUGACUCAACUUGUUAUGCUUAUUGGUGAAAAAUUAAAUGUGAAAAUUGAAGAACAGGACAUUGUAAGCAUCCAGCGAAUGGGUCCACUGCGAGGUUAUAUAGAAGGAGAAGGCGCUGUUCAGCCACGACCACUUGCUGUGCGCUUGGCGCGCCGAACGCUGCGCGACCGUCUGUUACAAAGCGCGCGUGUCCGUCGCGGUGCCGAUACUACAGGUUUUGGCCUGCCGGGUUCGCCGAAGAAGUUCUAUAUAAAUGAGCGUCUUACCCGUAUAAAUCGCCAGUUAUUCUUCAAGGCCCGUCAAAUGGGCUCUAAGAGCGGUUGGAAAUAUGUGUGGACACGAGACGGUCGCAUUUACGCGCGACGAGAUCAGAACACGGAGGCACGCAGAAUAAGAUGUGAAAUCGAUCUUGUAAAGUUUUUUGGCGAACCGGUGGUUGGCUAA